AUGGGAAAGACGCUGCUCCUCUUGGACGAGAUUCUCCUUCCGAGAGGGUUGCUCCCAUUGGAAGACAUCAUCGAAAUGGGUUACAACCGAACCACCGGCUUCGUGUGGCUGAAACAGAGGCACAAUAAGAAGGUGCACCGGUUCGACGCCAUUGGCCGCACCGUGUCGUACGAGACGGUUGUGACGACGUUCGUUGACGAGCACCGAAUGCGAAGCGUGACCGGUGUGAAGACGAAGGAGCUAUUCAUAUGGGUCACCAUCUUUGAAAUCUUCGUCGACGAUCCUUCUUCAAGUAAGAUAUCCUUCGCCAACUCCACUGGAAUUUCUAGGUCCUUUCCUCUCUUAGCCUUCGAUCUACAAGAGGAACACCAUAACAACAACAACAAUAACAACAUGCACUUGCACUUGCAAUAG